UAAUAGAUUCAUUAGAGUCUGCGUGAUUCAUAACUAUUAUUAUUAUUAUUAUUAUUAUUAUUCUUCCAAUUUCCAUUGAUUGAACCAUCAGCUACAUAUAUACACACUCGGAGAAUCAAUUGGUGGAAGCUUGCCUGACUCAUUCACUCAUUCUUCUUCUUCUUCCAGUUUUCACCACCACCUAUGUCUGAAUCUGCUUUACUUGAUGCUGACAACAUCUACCUCGAUGGAAAGGAACAUUAUAUUCGAACUGGCUGUGGUUCUGUGUCUGUCAUGGUAUACGGUGAUCACGACAAACCAGCCCUGAUCACUUAUCCGGAUUUAGCACUAAAUUAUAAAUCAUGUUUCCAAGGAUUAUUUUUCUGUCCAGAGGCAGCUUCUUUGCUGCUACACAACUUUUGCAUAUAUCAUAUUAGUCCUCCCGGGCAUGAGUUGGGAGCUGCUGAAAUUAGUUCUGAAGAUCCUAUUCCUUCCGUCGAAGACUUGGCAGAUCAAAUAAUUGAGAUCCUCAACUAUUUCGGGCUUGGUGCAGUGAUGUGUAUGGGAGUAAUGGCUGGUGCUUAUAUCCUUUCCCUAUUUGCAACGAAAUAUAGGGAGCGGGUUCUUGGUUUGAUACUUGUAUCUCCUUUAUGCAAAGCUCCUUCUUGGACUGAAUGGUUUUAUAACAAGGUGAUGUCAAAUUUGUUAUAUUUUUAUCCUAGGUCACUAUCUACUAUCUUAGCGAAGCAUUGCAUGUUAAGAAAGCAAAGAUACUUCAGCAAGGAGGUUCGUGGUAAUGCCGAGGUUCCGGAAUCCGAGAUAGUUCAAGCUUGCAAAAGAUUACUGGAUGAUAGAAAAUGCAAAAAUGUCUUAAGGUUCCUUCAUGCAAUUAAUCAGAGGCCUGACAUAACAGAUGGAUUGAGGAGAUUAAAAUGCCGUACACUUAUUUUCGUGGGGGACAGUUCUCCUUUCCAUUCAGAGGCUCUAUAUAUGACUUCAAAACUCGAUAGAAGAUAUAGUGCCUUGGUUGAGGUCCAAGGAUGUGGAUCAAUGGUUACAGAGGAACAACCACAUGCAAUGCUGAUUCCAAUGGAGUAUUUUCUCAUGGGGUAUGGUUUGUAUAGACCCUGCUACUUAAGUGAAAGUCCAAGGAGUCCUCUUAGCCCAUCAUGCAUUUCUCCAGAGCUACUCUCUCCAGAAAGCAUGGGAUUGAAGCUUAAGCCUAUAAAGACCCGGGUUUCUGUUCCCCUUGAAGUUUGAUAUAAUUUUUUUUUUUUUUUUUUUUUGUAAUUUUAAGCUUUUUUAUUUCCUUACUUGUAUCUUCUUUAUUUUUUACUUUUUUAAUUUUCAAGAGGGUUAGAGAAGAGAGAGUUGGAGGGAGUUGUAGAUAUAGAAAGAGAAGGGGUGUGUAAUGAAAUAUAGGUAGAUUUGCUUGCAUUCAUUUUGUAGUUAGUCAUAAAGGAAGCAUUGAGCUUUCUCACUGUAUUAGUAGAUUUAAUGUGGACUCAUCAAUUGUUUAUUGACUCACUACUCAUUACUCAUGAGCAGCAAUAAUCUUAAGGGACACUUUGAUUUC